UUUUUUUCCUUCCUUCCUUCCUUCCUUUCUCUCUCUCUUUUCCUUUUCUUUUUUUAUAUAUAUAUUCAUAAACAUAUAAGAAUAAUAAACAAUGCCUUUCCUUUAUUCUUCUAUUUUACCUAGAGUUUAUACAAAAGCCUUAUUUGUGAAUCAGGUUGGUUAAAAUGGAUAUAUCUUUACUAUUUUAAUGCUUGAUUAAAUAAUAACAAUAAAAAAAGGCAGUAAUGAAAUCAAAACAAAAUUUCAUUAGAUCUGUUUCCAGCUAUUCUUCAGAUUUUGUUAAAAUAGUAGAAGUGGGUCCAAGAGAUGGUCUUCAAAAUGAAAAGACACUUGUUCCUGCUAAAGUAAAAAUUGAAUUAAUUGAACGUUUAGCAAAGAAUGGUUUACCUGUUGUUGAAGCAACUAGUUUUGUUAGUCCAAAAUGGGUGCCUCAAAUGGCUGAUAACAAGGAAGUUUUUACAUCAAUUUCAAUGAAGCCCAGUGUAUUUUACCCUGUAUUAACACCUAACCUUAAAGGAUUAGAGGCAGCUAUAGCGGCAGGUGCUCAAGAAGUGGCUGUAUUUAUUGGCGCUACAGAAUCAUUUAAUCGUAAAAAUACAAAUUGUUCGACUAAAGAAUCUAUUAUUAGAGCUGAAGAAAUCUUGAAGAAGGCCUUGGAUCAAAAUAUAAGAGUGAGAGGAUAUCUUUCUUGUGUUUUGGGUUGUCCUUAUGAAGGUCAAGUGAAUCCUGAAAAAGUAGCGGAAAUGGCAAAAGAAUUAUACGAUGCUGGAUGUUAUGAAAUUAGUUUAGGUGAUACGAUUGGUGUUGGUACUGCUGGUUCUAUGGCUACUUUAUUAGAACAUGUUCUUAAAGUAGUUCCUGUCGAAGCCAUUGCUGUUCAUUGUCAUGAUACUUAUGGACAAGCAUUAGCUAAUAUUUUAAAGGCUUUAGAAUACGGUGUUCGAGUUGUAGAUAGCUCUGUAGCUGGUUUAGGUGGUUGCCCUUAUGCUCCAGGAGCAAAAGGCAAUGUGGCCACCGAGGAUGUUGUAUAUAUGUUGAAUGGUUUAGGUUUAAAAACAGGUGUCAAUUUAGAUUCACUUAUCGAGACAGGAGAAUGGAUUUCUGAACAAAUCGGUAAAUCUACUCAUUCUAGGGCUGGUGCUGCUUUAAUGGUGGCUAGAAGACGAAAGGAGGCUUUAGAAAAAGCAGCUAAUUUAAAUUCUAAUUCUUCUAAACUAUAGAAUAAACAGAUAUAAUUACUAUUUUUUCUUAUUUUA